UGAGUCUGAAUGAAGUCUCUAAGGUGGACCCUGGUCUCUCUGUAAAUCAGGUGCCCAUGUGGUUAAAUCAACCCUCUCCUUACACCCCACUGUGGACAAACUGCAUUGCUUUGUGGAGGAGUUUUUCAAUUAAAACAACACACACACACAGAAAUGAAAAGGGGAGUCUGCAGAUCCUUUAACAACAACAACAACAAAAAAGUAGAUGCACGGUUAUAGAGAGGGAGAGCUCUUAUUGAUAAAACAGAAGCAACCUGUUCCAGGAGCAAAAAUCCAUCUCUGAGGCUGGUAAACUGUGCCGAGUUACGUCAUGAACAAACCUCUGCCGCAGAAUGAGGAAAAAAGCGAGAGAGCAGCCCCAGACACCAGAACAGUGUGUAGCACUCUCACUGUGAGUCAGAAAGGGAAGGGAAAAAAAGUAUAUUUGAGUGGGUAUGGCUGUGUGUUAAAGAUACAUCUAAAAAAAGAGAACAGCCGGCGAGAGUUCAAGGGCAAAUGUGUACCUUCAUGUCUAGAUAAAAAAAGGGGAAUAUGAAAUUAUUUCUUGGGCAUUUUAAGUCCUAUGUGAGUGCGCGUCAGUGAGAGUGUUUGUAUGUGUGUGUGUGUAAGAGAGUGUGUGACACAGAGAAGCGAGGAAAAUCUUUUUUGUCACUUUCCGGUGGAACUGGCGAUUGCAACAGACCAAGGGAGCAAUAUUUUGACUGGGAUCUUGCAGUGAAGUUUCCAAAGAGGAGAGAAGGUUGACAGAAACUUUGUUUGCUUUGGAAAUCAAUUGGGCAUCUUUUUUUUGUGGGAGGGGGGGGAACAGAAAUUCCGUUUCCUCCUCUCUCUCUCUCUCUCUCUCUCUUCCCUCUUGGUUUCAAACCUCGGGCUGCAGCACCGACUCCUUUUCCCAUCUACAACCUUCGUCUCAACAGAAGUGAGAGAAGGAAAGAGAAAAGGAGAGUGGAGGAGAGAGAGAGAGAGGGAGAGAAAGCAAUGACGAGAGACACCUGACUCCAGCUGCAGCCUGAUUUGAAGAGCGAACACGUGCUUUUGAAGAAGAGAAAAAAAAUCUGUCACCCAGGCAAAAAUCCUUCCCAUAUGAUCAGUUCAGUUUGCGUGUCGUCUUUUCGUGGGAGAAAGUCAGGGAAUAAACCUCCUUCCAAGUCAUGUUUGAAAGCAGAGAUGGGCACGAACGAGGAAAGCGACAAGAUUGUCAUCAAUGUUGGAGGUAUCAGGCAUGAAACUUACAGAAGCACCCUGAAGACUUUACCUGGGACCAGGCUCUCUUGGUUAACAGAGCCGGACGCUUUUAGCAACUUUGACUAUAAUCCCAAGACGGACGAGUUCUUUUUUGACCGUCACCCCUCGGUGUUCGCCUAUGUGCUGAAUUAUUACAGGACGGGCAAGCUACAUUGCCCGGCGGAUGUGUGUGGCCCUCUGUUUGAGGAAGAGUUGGCCUUCUGGGGAAUUGAUGAGACGGAUGUGGAGGCAUGCUGCUGGAUGAACUACAGGCAGCACCGAGACGCGGAGGAGGCACUGGACAGCUUCGAGACCCCGGAACCUGACGAUGAGGAAGACGGAGAUCUCAAGAGACUGUGCUUGCAGGAGGACUCGAACAGGAAACUGGGCUGGUGGAAGAAACUCCAGCCCAAGGUCUGGGCUCUUUUCGAGGACCCCUACUCAUCCAAAGCUGCACGGUACGUGGCGUUUGCAUCACUGUUCUUCAUUUUGAUAUCCAUCACUACGUUUUGCCUUGAGACCCACGAAGCGUUCAACCACAAGGUAAACAGAACCGAGAUGGUCACCACGGGGAAUGUCACCAGUGUGGUGGAGGAUGUGGAGAUUGAGACCGAGGCCUUCCUCACCUAUGUGGAGGGCAUGUGCGUCAUCUGGUUCACCUUUGAGUUCCUGAUGCGCAUCAUGUUCUGCCCGGACAAGAAGGAGUUCAUCAAGAACACCCUCAAUAUCAUUGACUUUGUGGCCAUCCUUCCUUUCUACCUGGAGGUUGGCCUGAGUGGACUCUCGUCCAAGGCUGCCAAGGACGUCCUGGGCUUCCUGCGUGUCGUGCGCUUUGUUCGAAUUCUCCGCAUCUUCAAGCUCACCCGCCAUUUCAUCGGCCUGAGGGUCCUGGGCCACACGCUGAGGGCGAGCACCAAUGAGUUCCUCCUGCUCAUCAUCUUCCUUGCGCUCGGGGUCCUGAUCUUCGCCACCAUGAUCUACUACGCAGAGAGGAUAGGGGCUGAUCCUGAAGACAUAACGGGUAGCAAACAUACCAGAUUCAAGAACAUCCCCAUUGGCUUCUGGUGGGCCGUGGUCACCAUGACAACGCUGGGCUACGGGGAUAUGUAUCCGGAGACCUGGUCUGGGAUGUUGGUGGGAGCUCUUUGUGCGUUGGCUGGUGUGCUAACCAUUGCUAUGCCUGUCCCUGUUAUUGUCAAUAACUUUGGCAUGUACUAUUCCUUGGCCAUGGCCAAGCAGAAGUUACCAAAGAAGAAAAAUAAACACAUCCCCCGAGCUCCUCAGCCGGGGUCUCCCAACUACUGCAAGCCUGACAUCAAGUCCCCCCAGAGGAGUGCCCAGGGUGAUUCCUGCCCUCUAGCUCAGGAGGAGAUCAUUGAAAUAAACAGGGCAGAUCCAAAGCAAAAUGGGGACGCUGCCAAUGCUGCUUUGGCCAAUGAGGACUGUCCGACCAUUGAUCAGGCCCUAUCACCGGAGGAGAACCAGCCCGUGACGCCUGGAGGGAGGGAGAAGUACGCCCGGGACAGAGCCUGCUUCCUGCUGACCACCGGGGACUUCGAACACUCUCCUGAUGGAAGUAUCCGCAAAGGUUAUGAAAAGUCGAGAAGCCUAAACAACAUAUCUGGCAUGAGUGAGAAUACACUGCGACUGUCUCCUGUCACCACGCCAUUCAACUCGCCUUGCCCUUUGAGGCGACCUCAAUCACCCAUUCCAUCCAUACUGUAGCAUCGAUACAAAAGAGUGGGAAAUAUUUUUUUAGAAAAAUAUAUCUGUGUGUGUGUAUGUAUCUAUAUCUAUAUAGAUAUAUAUGGAUAUAUUUAUAUAUAUAUAUAUAUCUAGGACUAUUUAAAAUCAUUUAAAAGGAAUUUUCAAAAAACAAGAGACCAUUGCUAGAACAAUAGGCUGCAUAUACCAAAUGACUGUUGAAGAAUCUGCUUUCUACUGACAAGUGGUAAAUUAAAGUGGUUCAAUUUGUGCCAUGCUGUUGGCUUAUUCAAGGACUAGCCCCAUUACCCCUCCCCCACGGACAAGAAGGUGGAAUUUUUCUAUAUUUUAAUCGAAUAGAUUAUCUCCACCACCCCCACAGAAAAUCGGAAAUGAGGUGGAAAGAGAGAUUGGCUUUCAUGGAACGGUGAACGUAGGGAAGAUGCAGAUUUUUUUCCAGGACCACUUGUGUGACUCUUGACUAAAUAAUUUUAAAUAAAAGUGUACACUCAGGAUAUACGGGCCGUACGGACAGUUUAAAAAAAAAAGACCCCCUCCCCACCAAAACACACACAUACGUACAAGGACUUGUUACUCAGACCAGAGCUGGGAUUUCUCUCCCCUCUCGUCCUCCCCCGCCUCUUCCUCGCAUUCUAAUGCAUGGAGCUCCAUUGCAAGCAAUAAGCAACUGAGAAACGUUUGCCUUGGUGCAUGUUGAACAAUUUACACAGAGAGAAAACAAAAAAAAAUCGAAAAAAAAAUUGUUUCCUUUUUUAAUAUAUAACAAAAAAGAAACGCAAGGUUCUGUCUGAAGUGGAGUGUUCAGCCCCCGCCGCUGCAUGUUUGUGAUGCAAGUGCGAGGUUGUGGUCAAAGCUGUCCCUUAGCGAUCUUUUGCUCUCUUCUCUACUCACAGAUAAUUAUAAGGACAGUCCAGUGAUUUCUAAAUACAUGCAACUGGAGGCCGUGACAGUCAACUAGUGACUCCCAUCCCCUUCUCUGCUGCAAAACCUUUUCCUUCCCCACCCACUCCCCUCCUUUCCGUCCUCUUGCUCUCCCACCCCAGAGUCCUUCCUGCUCUCUCUCUCUCUCUCCUCUCUCGCUGCUACUUCCCUCUCCAACCCAUCCCUCUCCAAUCCUUCCCCUCUCCCUCCCUCCUCCUCCUCCUCCGUCGCCUCUUUCCUGCUCGUCUCAUUCGCUCUCAAGCAGGGAAACUCUUUUCUAUUUAAAAAAAAAUCUAAACAAAAAAAGAUGGCUCCCUCUCCCAUCACCCCCUUCCAAAAAAACGCCCCCAACGAAAAAAAAUCCCUAAUUGCUGAUGACGGCACGGAAGAAGCAAAUGAUUGAAGAGGAAAAUCGAAGGACGUGGAGUUUUGUUGGAAAUCCAACGCAGGAGCUCAGAGGACACACCAAGGUGCGACUAUUGUGGUGGAAUGGAGACGAAACGUCUGGUCAGAAAUCUCCAAAUGGGGGGAAAAAAUGCUGUACGAGGGGGGGAGAAUCGAAAAAAAUAUAUAUAUUUAAAAGGUGCAUUUUUCUCUCUGCCUCAGCAUGACUUUGCAUGACGUACUGUAAGGAUUAUAUUUAAUGUCAUAUGCAAAAAAAGUUAUAUUUUCCUUCCAGAUUGCAAAACACGAUGAAAAAUAUGUGAAAAAAAACAAAAAAAAGAAUUUAAUCUAUCAUAUAAAACAGUAUUAUUGAAAGGAUGCAGCACUUUUUUUCUAUUUUUUAAUCAGAAUUAAUAUUAAAAGGCUUGUAUAUAAGAAAGAUGUCAUUAUUAGGUCAUAUUGACCGGUUCCCCCUCUGUUUUACUCUCCCACUCUCUGUCUGUCUUGCUUUGUUCCUCUCUCCCUGGCACGUUAAUUAAGUAAAUGGAGAGAUAUAAACAAUAUGUUAAGUGUUACGUUGCAGAUCCCAGUGAUGUCUGGAUUUGGAACCCAGGGUUUCACUUUGUCCCAAGAGUUUGCAACUGGACACUCUCCCAGUGAGGAUCAUCAGUUCUUCCGUCAUGCAGUCAGUGAGACUUCAGUCAAAAGCAUGUGGAAAAUCAUGAAAAUGGAGUGCUGAGAAGGGAUGGAGCUGGAGAUGUGACAAUCUGAGUUAUGUCAGCUAGAGCUCCUGCCAUUGGGUUGACCACUGCCCACGAAGACAGGAGCUUCCCAAAGAAUUCAUCUCCAUCAGGCUGCCCUGGGCAUUUAGGACUCAGUACAUUCUAUUGGUUCUUCUAUUGGUUGCGGGUUGCUAAGGGAACCAGGAGUCCUGUUUGCAUCCCACACUCCAAAUUACCGGCAAGGCUGUUAUUGAAGAAGCUUACCUGACUGCAGGCAGCUAAGUGCUGCUCGGGUUGGAUUGAGGACUCCUCUGUUCAUAAAGGUAGUGUGGAGACAACUUUGCUGAGUAAAGCUGGCCUAUUUUUUGAGGGAUCAGAACUGUCAGAACAGUCUCAGGUCAAUAACUUGGCAUUUCAAUCUCCAUUCCCCCCCCCCCCCCCCCGCCAAAAUCCUCAUUUUGCAAACUUACAACAUUUGAUGCUAAUAUUCAAAGUAUCAAAAGCUACAGAAUAUCAUAACUGAAGUAAAAUGUGUUGUACAGUGCAUUAAAGCCUCUGUCACUGUGCUGAUACUCAGCGACGUCUCCAUAGCUCAAUCCAACAGGACUCUGUAGACACACACUGUGCAGUGUAAUAUUGAGGCCGCCCACUCACUGGGGCAGUUGAUAGGGUGUGUGGUUAACUCAGUCUUCACGGCCAUCAGAACUGAGUUAGGAUUCAGCCAGAAAAUUGUCUUCUUCAUGUUGGGUGUGGUGGGGAGAAUGACAGUUGUGCUGCAGUGUUAACCACGUUUACACAUUCAGGAGUGCGUUUCCCCCCCCCCCCCCCUCCCCCACCCCCUCCUCUUUCCUCACACUCUCUGAGGGGACAGUUAUGAACACCCUUUAAUCCCCAGAAUGGACAAAACCCUCUCUCAAACACAUUUCUCUUUCUGUGCCAAUGUCCAAUCAAUGGAAGAACUACUUUCAGGGAAAUGGAGUGCCUUUCAAUUGAACUGUUCUGAUCGUUUGACCUUGUGGAAUUGCAUGGGCUUGAGAAAUGGAAGGGUCAGAUGAUCAGGUGGUGUUGCAUUUGUGUCAGGCAGGGCUAUUCCGCUGCCUGCUUGAAUUAUCACUACACUGAUAUUUUCACUGUAAAUUUGGUUACAGUAAAAUCAGGAACUUGAACCAGAGCAAUAUGUGCCACCCAUGCAGGCAACCCCACACACAUGCACGCACCCACACACGUGAACUGUGUACAUAUGCCCACACAAGCACAUACACACUAAUGCACACAAAUAUGCAUCAUCUGUCUUGCUUAAAAACACAAAUUCUCAUUCUAAUCUAUCAACCAGAAAUUCUGUUCCACUUUCACGUUUCGGUUCCUUUUUGUGAUCGAUUUAUAUAAUCUGGGGAGUCACAGCCAGCAGAGUAAAGUUUAACGCAGCCUAUUUGACAUUUGUUUUAAGAUAAGCAUUAACAUAUUUAUUACGGGCUAUAGCGGUUUCAAAUCCAAACUCCUAAUCAGAUUGUCAUUUCUAAUUCGAUUUGAUGUGAUUGGCUAUGAGGAGUUGCAAUGGCAAGAGAGAUUUGAGGAGAGAAUGUUUCCACGGGAACGUUCUGAUCCUUGGAAGAUGCAGACACUGACCGCUUUAAUGGAUCACGCCCACACCCUACUCUUCCCACUGUCCGAUCUCUCAGUCUCUUCCUUGAGACUCAUUUCUCCGUCUCCUGCUCAACAACCAUUCUUUGCUAAGACCUCAAAACCGUGGGAUACCUUAGCUCUCCCUGUCUUCUCUCCUUCCUACAAUCUUCCGGUUCCUGACACCAAAACUUGGCAUCACCAGUCGUUGUUGUCUUCCACUGUCCAGCUAUUUAUAAACUUUAUAUUGCACUGCAUUUUAGCUCCUUGUAUUUCCAGUUUUAAAAUAUUAAGUCAGCCCAAGCCGAUAGGAGUUCCAUCCUGCGUCCCGUAAAAUCAAUAAAUGGUAGAUUGGAAAUCUGCUGGAUUUCCAAAGUACAGCCAAUUGGUUAACGUGUAAUUAAAGAGGAAAUCUUGUAGCAUUUGAGUGGAAGAGUAGAGUUUUCCUUAUCUUAAUCGAUUGGGGGGUUACACAUCUGAUUAAGCAACCAAUUGGCCCCAAGAGGUUCAGAGGGAGAAUUGUAGCUCUCAACGGGCUUAAAGGUUGAUGCAGUAUUUAGCUUCUGCCAGCAGAUGCUACCAUCUCAUUGGAAACAUGAUGGAUUAUAGCAAGCAUUCAUACUUCAUCUUGAAUCUGUGUUGGUGUUCUGAACGCCUGGGAUCUGGGAAUUGGAACAGAUUUAUGGUAGACCCUCCCUCCAAAAACCAUGACACAUAUCCAUUUACAUGUUUGGUGCUGAUGAUUCUUUUCAUGAAAUGAUUGGGUCCCUUGCUUGCAAAGGCGAAUGGGUUCCGAUUUGGUACCAGUUUAUUAAAUUUAUUCUUUGAGGCUUAAACACAAAUUGGAUUCAAGCUCCUCUUCCCAGUAAGCUUCGGUAUUGGGAGGAGAGUUGACAAUUCCAGUUACAGGCGUUCCCUUGUGUUUUAUUCAGCUUAGUGCAGAGCUAUCACUUCAGCACAUUCCCCUAGCAGGAAAUCUGUCCGAGAGUAGAAAUAUCAAAAAUACAACGGUUUAAUCUCUUCUCAGAUGUGUCACCUUACAGUACCAUUUUGUCAAAUCUCCCCAUUCCCCACAGAGAUCGUACAUUUCCAAAAAUGCUACCUGCUCCUCCAGUUCCCUCCCUUUGCCACUGAAGGCCAUUCCCACUGUCACAAUAAUGAUGCCCUUUUGGGUUUGGUCCUUUGAGCCCCUCAUGAUUUGGCCUUCUGUUCAGAUACCCUCUAGGAGUACUUGGGCUUGCCCAUUCCUUUGCACUCCCUCCCCCAUCCCUUGUUGCUCCGCGGGGUCAUCACUCAAGCCCACUAAGGUGGCUCCCUCCCGCUACGGUGAGGCGUGCACCAUCCUAAAAACAGUGGGAGAACUUGGGAUGAAGAGAGAUAGCGAAAGGCCUCCACUCUGGAAAGACAGACACUGUGCGAAUACUCUCCAGGUUCAUGAAUUGACAAUGGCCAUUUGCAGCCGACAUAGUCAACACUGGUGAAAUGAACCUGAAUUCUGAAUUAUAAAGGUUCUGAAUUAUUGAACAAUGAGAAACAUCACCAGCAAUGGAUCUGCAGUAACACUCAACCAGUUUGGCCUUGCUGAAUUUUGCUCUGAAAUAUUUAUGCAUUUUUGAAUCUUUUUGAUCCCUUUUUGAAUGUUUCUUUCCUUUAAGCAUGCCUGUGGUCGGUCAGACUCCACCCUCCCCCUUAAACCUAUGAGAUUGAAAGGGAAAGAAAUUACUUUAAAGUCUUUCUGUUCUUUGCCCUGAAGCUUUCUUGCAAUGGGUGUUGUAGAUGUGCUGAGGGGGUGCUGGGCACUAUGGGCGCCAGGUCUGUCACUGAUUGGAUCACUGGCACGAGGUUGAUAACCCGGGAUUGGUGAAGUGGGGAUGAAGUACUCUGGGCAACGGAUAAUGGACUUGGUGCAAACUCUAGGGGUAAUGAGGCCAGAACUCUGAUAUUUCCACCAGCAUUCUGGCUGUAUUGUGUGAGUGGAAAUCCAAACCCAUUUUGAGGUUUUGAAUGACCAUUUAACGUCCCCUCCCCCACCUCCAUCUCUCCCUAACCCAACCUCUUAUUCUGUGGAGCGGAGGCUAUAAAGGAAUGGGAGCUCCACCUGUCAAGUGGCUGACCCGACAUGACUCAUCGAAAGUAGCAUGGGAAAGACGUGGCGGGGAGCCAUCUUGAUGGCCUGAUCACAGGAGCGAUAAGUAUCACGUGGGCUGGGGAGACAGAAGAGGAGAAAGGGCAGGAGGUGAAUGGGAGGGCUGGUGGAGCUGAAUUGGUGGGGUUGGGGGCUGGGAAGGAUUUUCACAUCAAACCUAAACCAACAGAUGGCAAAGGUGACCUGAGACACCCUGAGCUAUGCCGUGUGUCUGCAACCCAAAACCAGGUCAACACUUAAACAAAAGGCAACUCUCUCAUUAAAUGAUGUUCAUUGGGUCAUUGACGCCACUCUGUGAUGUGGCUCAGACACAAAGGGGACAGCUCAGGAGGCCCUGAGGAACCUUCGUGAGGAGGGCAAUGGGGGUAGGGGAAGUUGGGGCAUGGCGGGGAGAGGGUGCUGUUGAGACUUGGAGGGCAGAAGGGAUGGGCUCUCAGUUACACGUUAGUAACGUCAGAGGGGGAUUUACUGGAAAUGGCCAUAUAUUAGUGGGUUCGUGAAACUGAGAAAGGGCGAAACAUUAUGUUUCAACUGGUUUCACACGCGGGGAGUGGAGGCAGUCUUACCCACACUGGUACCCCCCUCUCCCUCCUCCUCCACCUUUCCCCUCUCUGUAUUCCCCUCCUCCCUAGACCCUCUUCUGUACUGCCCUCAUCCCUACACCCCCUGUACACACCUCCACUUCCCCACUCUGUACACCCCUCUGUACUCCCCCCUACUUCACCCUCU